AUGGAUGAUGACUUCGUGAGAGCGGUAAACAAAUUUAAUGCCAAUUUGGGGAUUCACAAGAAGAGUUCUGUUAGGGAUCUGAGUGAGAAAAAAGAAAAAAAGGAAAAGGUUGAUGAUGAAAAUGCCAAUAAGCUGAAGGAAGACUUGGAGCUACAUUAUAUACACAACUCGAACAACAAAAUAUGCCAAAAGUUUUUGACCCUGCCCUUGAGCGCCAAAUCGGACAAGCUGAAUAGCCACUCGGAUAAGGUCAUACUGCCAGUGUCCAUCUUGAAAACGCUCGAGAAAGGAUUCUACCGAAGCGAGGUGGAGUUCCCAUACACGUUCAGCCUGAAGAACGUACAAAACAACUACAUCACGCAUGUAUGCGUUUUAGAGUUCAGCUCAAACGAAGGAAUCAUACACGUAUCAGAAAAUGUAAAAGAAAAUUUAGGAAUAAAACAGAAUAGCGGAAUAGUCCGAUUAUUAGUAACCUAUGCAAAUAUACCCAAAUGCGAUUUUAUCAAAUUUGAAUCAUUAAAUGAAAAUACCAGCAACAUAAAAUUUAUGAAAAAUUUAUUACAAAAUGAAUUGAAUUUGAAUUAUAGUACCUUGACCUUAGGGGACUAUGUCCAUAUUAACAAUUUAAGUUUCUACAUAAGUGAGUUAGAACCAGACAAUGCUGUGUCGCUAAUAAAUACUGACAUCACUGUCGAUAUAUGUGAAAGGAAGAACGUGGGAGAGAAGAAAGAGGAGUCUUCAAAUUGCCUGAACGACUUUUAUGAACCCAUAAAUACGACAGAUGUGAAUAUUAACAGCACUAUUAGAAAGGGAAUGAAAAAAUAUAAAUACUUUUUUCACUACUCUGUUUUGGAUUUGCUCAAGAAGGAUAAGAUUGAAAUAAAGAUUUCGCUGCAUUCCAUUGGUUCACACAACGAUCUGGACUUGUAUGUGUCCUUUCCUCCGCAUGACUCCGUGUCGGAUGUGCUGCACCAUUUGCACUUUGACGAUCUUAGCAAAGACGUCAUCAUAAAUAGGGACCUGAUGACCAAGUCCUUGAUGUUGCACUUUGCCUGCUUUGCGAAGGAGCGUGAAGAUGACGGCACAGACGGGGUUCCGCGAGGGGGUGCUGCGGAAAGGGUGUCACGAGAAGACAACUCGGCAAGUGUCACUUCGAGUGGGCCUGAAAAAGACGCCCCUCCAAGCGUGCCCUCAAAAGAGACCCCCCCAAGUGCACCUCAGCACAAGGAAGACCCCUUCCUUGAAUACCUAUACGAUCAGUAUUUCCCCCACCUAAUGUACAUUGCCAUUUCGUGUUCGGCCGAAACGGAGGUGCAGUACACCUUAUCGAUGAAAGUCAGCACUGAAGGUGAGACAGAGGCACUGAAAGGGGACGAAGCAGAGGGCAAGCGUGAUCCCCCCGCUGCUAGCACAUCCAUUAGGCCAACCGAAAGUUCGAGCAGCGGUCACAAGUUCAUAAAAUGCAACAAUUGCCUAAAAGACAUUUUUGAGAAUAACCUGAGCAUGCAUCAAAUUCACUGCCUAAAAAAUAUUUCCCUAUGUAAUAUAUGCAAAAAGAGUUUCCAAAAAAAGGAUAUAUUCAAUCAUACCCAUUGUGAUAUAUGUAAUGAAGGAAUAAGUAAAUCCGACAAGAAGAAACAUAACUACACAUGGCACACAAAAAUAAAAUGUGCAUGUGAGAAAUACUUUUAUAAAAACAAUACAUUUUCCAUCAAGCAUUAUUUUGUCCAAAAAAAAUUAUCUUCUGUUCUUACUGUAACGGUAUACAAUGAAGACUACAUAUUGGCAAAUUUUUUGGACAAAUUUGAUGACCAGGAAAAUUUUACGUCCAAAUCGGUCCCCUAUUACAUGCACCUACUGCAUACGAAUUUUUCCUUCUUUGUUAAAUAUAUAAAUCAUACGGAGCAUGAAAAAUAUUGCGGGUCCAAGUCAGUCAUUUGUAUAUUUUGCAAAACGAGCAUGCACAGGAACAGGUACUUGGCUCACUUGAUGUUUUUUCAUGACAAGGAUAAGAAGGAGUCCUUUAUGCUUAUCAAUGAGAAUUUAGAAGCUUAG